AUGGCUGAUACACUACUCAUUGAUCUCUUCAAGCAAUUGGGUUCAAUCGCUGUUCAGCUUGCUAAGCAAGAGAUCAACUUGCUAGUUGGCGUUGAUGAAGAAGUUCAAAAGCUUCAAGACAGGCUCGGAAUGAUCAAGGCAAUGCUGGACGAUGCAGAGGAAAGACAUGCUGUGAAGCAGCGUACUGAGAAGCUUUGGUUAGAGAAGCUCCAAAUCAGUACUAUGAGAUGGAUGACAUCUUGGACACGUGGAACACUGCAAGGAUCAGAGCAGAGAUUGAGAGAGAAGAAGGAAAACCAGCUGAUACUAACGCUCCUGUUGUUGUCAAGAAGAAGGCAACCUGACGUAGUUGAGCGACCAACAACUACGUCCUUUGUGGAUGUGUCCAAUAUAAUUGGCCGUGAUAUCUAUUGGGAUGAACUACUAAGAAGCCUAUUAAGUGUGGGUAGUCUAGAAGAAAGAAAUUCUUAUUGUGUCAUCUCUUUAGUGGGUUUGGGCGGUAUUGGAAAAACAACUCUUGCCCAACUAGCCUACAAUCAUCCCGAAGUGCAAGACCAUUUUCAAAAAAGAAUGUGGGUUUGUAUUUCUGAUCCUUUCGAUCAGUGCAAGGUUGCCAAAGCAAUCAUUAAGGAGGUUGACCCUGAACAUGGACCUCUUGAUAAUAUCGAAUUGCAAUCUCUCUUGUGUAAAAUUCAUGAUUUGAUUAAGGACAAGAAGUUCUUUCUUGUCUUGGAUGACGUGUGGAUUGAAGACUUCGAAAAAUGGGAGCCAUUCAAAUCUGCUCUAAAAAAUGGUGUCCAUGGUAGUAGAAUUCUAGCAACCACACGUAAUCAAAUAGUUGCGAACAUGAUGGAGAGUGCCCUCACUAUAAAUUUGGAGGUAUUGUCUGAUGAAGACUGCUGGUUGAUUUUCAGUAAAAUAGCAUUUUCUAAUGAGGAGGAACUCAAGUAUCUAGAAGAUCUUGGUAGAAAACUAGCAAUUAAGUGUAAUGGCUUACCGCUCGUUGCAAAGACUCUAGGUAGCCUCAUGCAUAACAAAAGAAAUAGAGAACAAUGGAAUAAGAUUUUAGAUAGUCAUAUGUGGGAAUUAGAAGAUAUUGAAAAAGGCCUUUUGGCACCAUUGUUAUUAAGUUAUUAUGAACUACCCUCAACAAUGAGACGUUGUUUCUCAUAUUGUGCUAUCUUUUCAAAAGAUUAUCUCUUUUCUAGAGAUAAAUUGGUCCUCCAUUGGAUGGCACAAGGAUAUGUUGAGUCAAAGGAAAAUAUGGAGAUGGAAGUCAUAGCGGAAGAAUACUUUGAAAAUUAUGGUUUAGAGAAAUUACCACAGGGGAUGAGUAAACUAAUUAACUUAAGACAUCUUAUAUUUGAUCAAAAUAGUCAUUUGGUAUUUCCAAAAGGGGUUGGGAAAUUAAUUGAUCUUAGAACAUUAUGGGUAUUCAACAUAGGUGAUAAGGAUGAUAGAGAAGGAUGUAAAUUUGGAGAAUUAAAAAAUUUGAAUCAGCUUCAAGGGACUCUUAGAAUAAAUGGGUUGGAAAAUGUGGUAGAUGUAGGUGAGGUUCAGAAUGCACAAUUGAAGAAGAAAAUACAUCUCCGUGGUUUAGUGCUAUGGUUUAGCCCUCUAGAUUCACUCGAAGAUGAAGAGGAUAUAAGAAGAAUGGAGAAUGACAUAUUAGUAUUGAAUGCCUUAGAGCCACCUCCACACUUGCAAGAUUUAGAAAUUGGAGGCUACAUGGGCAACAUAAUUUAUCCUAAUUGGAUGAUGUCGUGUACCACACUGAAAAGGCUUCAACUUCUAAGGUGCGUAAAGUUAGAGCAUUUGCCUUCUUUGGGGCAGUUGCCAUUCCUUGAAGUAUUAAAGAUAUCAUGGCUUCUUAAUGCGAAGAAGGUGGGAGAUGAAUUUCUGGGAAUAGAAGAUUCCAAAAACAAGAAAGACUACGACAUCAUAUUCCCAAACCUGAAAUCUCUCGAAUUUUGGGAUUUGUACAACUGGGAAGAAUGA